AUGAAGCCAGAGCGAGCACAAAAGACGAUCCAGGACUAUGUUUCUGGCAAGGGUGUGGCCGAAAGAGUCUCUCAGGCAUUUUCAUCGAAGUUUGGCUACGAGACCCGCGACGCGAAUGUGUUGUACAGGUUUUGGCAGUCAAUGACCAUCAGCGUUCGGUCAGGGCAGAAGGUUCGUGGGUUCGCAGAUCACGAGGCCUUGCAAGCCUUGGAGCAGACAUUCGGUUGCUGCAACAUGGUGGGUCAGAGUCAGCGUGACAGAGUCCGCGUUUUGCUUGGUUGGUGCCCUGGCCAUGCCCCGGAAGCAAAAACGAACCCAGACGUUCUGGCAGAACCCCUGGCACCAGAAUUCCUGGCCGUUUUUGAGAUUCCACACCUCUUGCUAGGGCUUGAAUUUCAAGCUGCCGGGCUGCUUGCGAAUGCUUUCCGUGUGCUGUGGAGUGCUCUUGGAGUUGUUGGACUGCUCUUGGAGUGGUUGUGCCCCGCCAAAGUCGCCAAGGGACGGGAAGAGGCAGACAUCUUGAAGCAGUUGAGUCAGUACUUCGCGCAAGGCAUGGCCUCGGGCAUACAGCCCCUGCUUGCAAAGCAAUUCAUUCACAGGGACUGUGUGACAAGUUCGCUAGUCUUUUGUGCAGAGAUGGCCAAGGUGGUAGGCUGCAUUGCCAUCAUGUCUAUAGAUGACACGGGAAAGAGGUGCUUCAGCAACUGGAAGCUCCAGGAUUGCUUGCUUGCCGCAGGCAUUCCCUCCAUCACCUACGUGGUGCAGAAUUUUUGCGUGCAGGUAGCGUACCAGAACCUUGACGCGGUUGUCUUCAAUGUGCUGAACCAAUCCAAGGUGUUAUUCACUGCUUUGUUCUCCUUCCUCAUUAGUGGAAGGAAGCAAUCACCUUUACAGUGCGCAGCUCUGGUCCUCGUCACCUUCGGCGGAAUCUUGGUGAGCAUCCCAGACACUCCGCCAGCGCAGGCGGAGAAUCCCAAAGAAGACACACAGGAGAGCCGUUUCCUCGGCCUGGCCUGUGCCUUGGUCGGCUCAGCGCUUAGCGGCCUCGGAAGUGGCAUUGCGGAGUGGGCGCUACAGAGACGAGGGCGGAACAGCUUCUUGCUCUCGCUGGAAUUGGCCUCGAUGGGCUGCAUGAUUAUUUCCACCACCUCGCUGCUUGGCCUUUCCCCUGACAGCGUCAGGAUGAGACAGAAUGGUCUUUUUGCCGGCUGGACUUUCCGGACAUGGAUUCCCGUACUUAGCCAAGGCUUGAGUGGCAUUAUUGUGGGCAUCAUUACGCAAGUGGCGGGUGGCGUCCGGAAGGUCAUGGCCACCAUUUGCGGUCUCAUUUUGACAUGCUUGCCUGGAGCCUACAAAGCCGUGCUGGAAGCGCUUGACUUGUGGGUUGUAGGAAAAAGGCGAGACCUCAGUAUCCUUGCCCGGUCCAAGCCACGCUUGGACGCUCUUGAGUUCAUCCGAGCACUUGCAAAACGCUUUCCGGAAGACAAGACCUUGAAGCACAUGCUGAAGCAGUGCCUGGAAGGGGCAUCCAGUUCUGCAGCUGCAGAUCCAGACGCAUACAACUUGCUCGUGGAUACUACGGUUCUGAAAGAAGCUAGCCGUGACAAGGCCCCGAAGCCAGCUGCUGGGCGUCUGGAUGCCCGGUUGAAGUUGCAAUUGCCUUCGCAAGCAGAGGGGUCCUUCCACAAAUGGCUGGAACAAGAUACCGAGAGGGCAGGGAGGUUCCUACACCUACUGCAAGAUGCCAGCAAGGUCUCCAAGAGUAUCCGCCGGUACAUGCGCCACCGAGCCAAACAGUGCUUGGAGCGAGGAGCAAAGUUAGGUCCCACGGGCCCUGUGGUUCCAGCCAGGAAUAGGACAGAGGCCGACCUGCCCGCCUUGUACGUCAUCGAGGAUACCUUCGCGCAUCUCUGCCGCAGGUUUGGUGCCAACGAGGUGUACGUCCGCUUUGGGCCUUACUACUUGUGUCGAACCGUUCAGGAGACAAAGGAAGUAAAGCCUCUGAUUGAGGAGGUUACAGAUUCGACACAGGGUGGCGCUGUCAUCGACUGUCCAACGCAUGGUAUUUCCUGUGGACCCAGCAAAGCUCCUGAGCUCGACCAACAGUUUGGAUGGCGUCCAGACAUUGCAAGUCACGAGUUUAGCCUUGGCGGAUCCUGGUGGCAAAUGGACCUUGGCCGGCUUCACAGUUGUGCAGGUGUCCGCCUUGAGUGGAAUGUGCCCACCAUGAAGAAGGUCACCUACGCCAGCCGCGCGCAGCUGCAGUCUGACUUGGCCCUAGCAAAUGGCGACGGGUACCAGAUCGUCGUGACAGACGUUCGGGAAGGUGGCACAGCCUUCCUCGCGCGAGUCAAGCGAGGGGACGUGUUGCAGCUGAACGCUGGCGGAAACGCAGAUGAUGCAUUUGUCGGGCUGUCCCCGGCAGAGGCUCUGACAAAGCUCGCUAACGAAUUUUCGCAGCCCCUGACGUUGGUCUUCAAGGGCCCGCAAAUGAGUGGCGAAAGCCAGAGGCUCCAACGUUUGCUGGAGCAGCCUCUGAAGGUCAAGGUCCUCGCCAGCAAGAAGGAUGUCGCGCCGGCUGCAGAUUCGCCAGAGCAGUGGGAGACAAUUCAAGAGCAGGAAGUUGCCGUGUCCACGCAACAUCCUUGCAUUGUGCCCACGAUCUUUGUCGCGCGGUGGGUGCGACUUCAAUUUGAAAGUCCCUGGCCGAAGCUUGACAAUGAGGCCUUAGCAGUGUCUGUGAAAGCGAUGAAGGUCUGGAGGCUCGCACCUCCCCUCUUCCGCCAGCAGUUCCUAGAAGUGCUCCGGCAAGUGGAGAGGCAGGCCGUGAAAGGCCACGCUCUUGUCCAACAACCCAGUCACGAGAGGAGGUUCUGGGCAUCUUCCGUAAAGCCGCAAAGCUUCAACAUGGUCGUCAACAUGGAUAUAGUCCGCCGCAUCAGGCAGAGCCACGACAGUGAAGGCGAUGAAAUGCUGGCUUUGCAGAUGAUGUGCAUGCGUGACAAGAAGGAAUUCAACAUCCUUCGUUCGGAUGAGAUGGUGGCAUUGCGCCAGCGAAUUUUCUCCAAGGAGGAGGACAUUCUGGAAUGCACGUUCCAUCCACGAACAGCUGCCAACGUUCCCGGGCACGUGUACAAGUUCAGGGAGCGAAUUUCCGACAGGAUGGAUGCUUCAAAGGUGACGGGCAUCAAAGACUUUGUCAAGGACUUGGGAGAAGAGUUCAAGGCCCAUAAGUACCCGAACUACUGGAAGGUGCAUCGGCGGGCGAUGCUGCAGAAAGCAAAGCGUGACUUUGUGAGAGGCGCUCUCAAAAGUGCAAUGGAGAAGCUUCAACGCCACUUUGGAGUGCAGCAGAUGCUGGACCGCUUCCGAUGUUAUCACAAGAACUGCGGCCGCAAGUUGGACCAUCACACAGAGAUAUGCAAGUGUGCGGGCUUCUAUUGUCAUAUCCACCAGCCUCCACAGGUCCACAAUUGCAAGGAUAUGAAGAAGAUUCUGGAAGCAAAGGCAAAAGAGGCUAAGGAUCUGGAGAUCAAGCUAAGGGAAGAGGGAGGAGAUCCGCCGCCGGAGGAGAAGUUUGACAACAAGGUUGAAAUUGGGUUGCUGUUGGAGGCCCAUGAACUCGCGGAGAGCAUCCAGGCUGCAAUGAAGGAGAAGGACCGGCAGAAGCACAGCUUAGAGCGCCUCGGACAAUCCCUGGCAUCCUUUGGCGCAGUCCGGCUGAUGGAGAGGCCCUUCAAGCGACGCAUGUGUCCGGAAGCAGUGGAGAAACGCAGGGCCCGCUCAGCUGAGGCUCUGAAUGUUCUUCCGCGCUGGAUGGGAGGAUCCAAGUUCAACGCUGAGGGCGGACCCCGAACACCUCGGCUGGGCAGCAGAUCUGACUCAAAGGACCGAUGCAAGUGCCCCAAUGCCCACAGCCCAUCCGAGCUCCGCUUUCCUGCAGGCGAGUCUGUUGUGCGCCGUAUGGACUGGGUGAAGAAGGCUGUAAGGAGAGCUGACUUGAAGUCAGAGACCGUUCCGAAUUCGGCGGCUGAGAGGGAGCUGCUCGAGAAGAGGAGAAAGGAAGAGGAGAAGGUACCUGGCCCUCCACCGCUUCAAGCAGGUGAAACGCCCCGACCUCGCCCAGAGCCUUUGAAGGGGCUCGUCAUGCGAGUAUUGGAGGAGAAGGCUUUCAGCCUCAAGCAUGCGUUUGGCCUCUGCUGUGAAGCCCGCGCACUGCUGGAGGAGGGCGAAAACCCAAAGGCAGAGCUGCGAGUCAACGAGGCCAGAGAGCUAGCCCAGAAGAGCCAGGACGAGGCGCAAGCAAGCGAUGCCGAGUUGGCCGGGAGAGGCCAGGCAAGGAUGAAGCGAGUGUGGCGACCGCUUCGAGACUGCGAGAAGGAGGAAGUUCAGAUGAAACGAGCGGCCGUGCAGGAGGAGGCGCAGCAGAUCCUCAACGUCUGCAGCAUUCUGGAUGAGGAGGUACGGCUCAGGCAAAAGUUUGAACCACAAACACUGCCACCACCGCCACCUCCAGGAACUGACCCUCUGCCGCCACCUCCGCCACGCGUACAAGGCCUCAGAGCCUUUGAAGAUGAUGUAGCGCUGGCGCAACUGCUAGCACAAGCAGCAGAUGAGCCCCAAGAAGGCAAGAUGCUAGUAGUUGAGCAGAAGAGGGAGAUGUGUGCCCAGUUUCUCGAGGUGGGAAGCUGCAUACUGGAUCAGAGAUGUCCGUUUGCUCACUGCCCCAGCGAACUCUUUGGUCAUGGUGUUUCUCGGAGUCCCGAAAGGAAGCAGGCAGACUAUGCGCAGCGCCUUGUAGAGGAGUACAGUCACAUGGCGAAGCAGGAAGAGCAAGCAAGUUGCGCAUCAGCCUACGACCACUCCGUGGCCGCAGCAGAUGACGCAACCUUGAGGAGGCUGCUUCUGGCCAAUGACUCCCCACCUCUGGCCAAAAGGUGGUAA